AUGCAGGCGGUCCAACGUUACCUGAGGUGCAAGUCUGGCAAGUGCACCGUUUCUGGCGCCCUCAGACCAGCAGAACGGUCUGGGGGGCCUCCAGGGGGUACCUGGGUCUGGGUACCAGGCAGCGCCUAUCUGGGCCUACCGUGUGGAGCCACUACCAUUACCACGACUAAGAUCUCGACCACGACUGCGACUCCGUCUCCUCCUCCUUCAGAACACGAGUCUGAAACUGCCGUCUCUGAUCUCCAGACGCGAGCUCAUUCAAGCCACACAAGCAUCAGCAUCAGCAUAGCACCAGCAACCAGCACCAGCACCAGCAACCAGCAUCAGAAUCAGACGCAGACGCAGACGCACCAGCUUCUCCACCAGCAGCAGCAACAACAAGCCCGCCUCGCCUUGUUCCCGUCCCGCUGGCUCGCGCGCCCCUCGAGGCCGCACAGGUGGUUGAAGGAAGACCCCUGGUCCACUCUAAACCCAAGCCCAAGCCCCUACCGCUUAAAUCGUCCAUUACGCCCCUCCACUAGAGCCCGAUUCCGAUGCGACGAGACACGCCGACAGCCCGGUCAGGUCCACUCAAUUGUUCUUCUCCUGAAUCGUACCCUAUCCUAUCGCUUCAAUCAGACGGCACUGCUGUGUUCUGCCCCGUCCUGUCUUGCUGCCCUGCUCGUGCCCGUUCGUGUUCGUGCCGGCUGGCUCACCUUCGACCUCGACCUCGACCUCGACCUGGACACCUCUGACCGACACGUCCGCUUUCCUCUUUGA